AAUGGCAGAAGACGAUAAAAUUUUCUGUACUCUUCGAGUUCAUGAUUCUGAUGGUUCAACUGCUCAUGUUUAUAAUGGAAUUUCGGCUAAUUCCUGGCUUACACCGAUAGGGAUAGGAAAGCGCGCAACUCCUCCUCUUCAUAUCGCAUGCGUGGAUACUGUUCGACAAAGAGCUCAAUCUGCCAAUUCUAUUUUAGGGAGGCGACACUAUGAAUUAGAACGACAACAAUUCGAUGAGAAACUUAUUGGUACAUCUCUUAUAAAUAACGGUCCAAAAAUGUCUAUAAGGAAUGCCGCUCCCAUAAAAAUUUACGAACGCCCAUCAAUCGAUCACUAUACAGCAGAUUUUGAGCUAAACAUUAAACAGUUAAUCGCACCCUCAACUGAACAACGUCGCUGUAUAAGUGCAUUCGAUCUGCGUCAAACUCGUUUUUCAUCUGCUAAAAAAAUGAGAGAAGCAUUUUUUCGACGUGCCAAACCGAUUUCAGGAAAGGAAAUCUCUGAACCUUUUGAAGAUUUGACUGCUUUAACACCAGCUGGAGUUAAAAAAGUUGAAACCCGACCAAAAACAGGAUUUGGUAUUCGUAUAGGAAAAGGGCCCAGUCUUAAACCCUUAAUGUAUAAUGCUGAAUGCGCAGACUGUUCCUGCCCCUAUGGUUGUAAACCUAAUUGCAGUUUUCGAGCAUGUUUAGCCUCUUCAGAUUACAUGGAAGGCAACACUAGUUCUGUAAAUGAAGAAUCUAAUAAUUUACCUAUCAACAAAUUAGCAACAGAGAGAAAGCGUAGAAUGAAAAUAAUUAGACGUGAAAUGCCCCUGCUUGAUAAAUAA